GUUUCUACGUCAGCAGGAGCAUUCGGCUCCUCGGAUAGUCCCAGGAUGUUAUCAGACAAGUAUGUCGGCCUCAUAUUGGCCAUUCUGUCAACAAUGGCAAUCGGCACCAGUUUUGUCAUCACCAAGAAGGGUUUGAUGCAAGCCUCGGAGAGACAUGGUUUCGAGGGCGAAGGUUUUCAAUAUCUGAAAAGUCCCGUGUGGUGGGGAGGUGUCAUUACAUUGGCAUUGGGUGAAAUCGCAAAUUUCGCCGCAUAUGCAUUCGCUCCCGCGAUUCUCGUGACGCCGCUGGGUGCGCUGAGUGUCUUGAUCGGCGCCGUUUUGGGAUCAUACUUCCUGCACGAGCGACUAGGGACGCUGGGCAAGCUGGGUUGCGCCAUGUGCCUGCUGGGAUCGGUCGUCAUCGUCCUUCAUGCGCCCCCGGAUAAGCCCGUGGAUAGAAUUGACGAGAUUCUGGCCUACGCCUUGCAGCCCGGUUUCCUUCUCUAUUGUGUCGUGGUAUCCGUUUUCUCGACCGUUAUGAUCUAUCGGGUUGCGCCCGCGCACGGGAAGAAGAACCCCCUCAUCUACAUUUCGAUCUGCUCCACCGUCGGCUCCGUCUCCGUCAUGUCCGUCAAGGCCUUCGGCAUCGCGGUCAAGCUCACACUGGGCGGCAACAACCAAUUCACCCACGCCUCGACCUACGUCUUUAUGAUCGUGACCGGCUUCUGUAUCCUGACGCAGAUGAACUACUUCAACAAGGCCCUGAACCAGUUCUCCACCACGAUCGUGAACCCGCUGUACUAUGUCACCUUCACCACCGCCACGCUGUGUGCCUCCUUCAUCCUCUUCAAGGGCUUCAACACCACCGAAGCCGUGAACACGAUCUCGUUGCUCUGUGGUUUCUUGAUCAUCUUCUCGGGCGUCUACCUGCUGAACCUCUCGCGGUACGACCCAGACGGGCACCAGCUGGUCAACCCCAAGAUGGAGGACGACGGAGUGCCGACGGACGGCAUCGCCGGCUACCAGACCCGGCGCUCGAUGCAGACCCGCCGCAGCACUGACGGCCGGAAUUCGGCCACCUACAUGAAUGGACAUGGGGACCGGGAAGGUCUGAUGCAUGCCUAUGACGUCGAAAACCAGGCAUUCGGCAUGUCUGACUUGACCGAGGAGAGUGAUGGAGAACCAGGCCCGACAUAUAAGCGGGAUGGGGAAGUCACACACACGUCGCAUCCGCCAGAUAAACAUGAUGAGCGGUAGUCUGCUACGACCGAAUCGAUCUCGUUCUUGAUCCUCUUUUUGCUUUUCUUUUCCUUUUCCUUAUUUUACUGAUAUCGCUUGACGAACAAACAUAUCGUGGUUACGUUUUUCCUUGUCUGUCUGUUCCCCUUUUAUAUCUUUAUAUUUUCUCCUUCUCAUUUUGCCGAUACUUGGCCGUCUUAUGUCCCUCCUUGCUUGAUUUGCUAUCCCUUGGAUACAUUGUAUUUUUAUUUCGUUCCGCGCGCAUGGAGAUACCAGCAAGAGAGACUAGACAUGCUCAUGAAUGACUGGAUUGGGACGUUGUUUGGGACUGGUGUGGGCAUGAUAUACACCGUUGAUCGGGUAGUCACACUCCCUGCAAACCGACUUGAAAUGUAUAUAGUGGUGUAAAAUCCCGAAAUUUAUUUUUUGAGACGG